UCAAAAUAUACUUUCUUUCUGAUAACAAUUUUGUUUUAUUUUUCUACUAGUUGACAAAAAUGUGAAUAAAGUAUCGUUACAGCCACUUCUUCAUUAAGCAAGCUAAAUUUUCAAAGGUCAGUUAUGGUCAAAAACUUCUGAAGGGUUUUCGUUUUUUCUAAAUUCAACUUUUAGCACGUCUCUAUGUUGGGUACUGUUUAGUGGUAUGGUAGGUUUUUGGGAUCUAAGUAAUAAAUUAGUUAGGUAUUUGUUAUCAUACUAACUUCCUAUCGUGUUUUAUUGUUGGUUUGGAGAAAGAUGAUCUAAAGGUGCAUUGGGCAAAAUAAAUAACCCUUCAGCCAUAUUUCGAUCCCAUGUAUGUGAAUUUAAAGUGUAUUAUAAAAGGUGGCAUAGUUUUAUUAUUUUCCUUGGGGAAAUGGUUUAGAAGCGAUAGUUUUCGUUUCUCGCACGAGUUUUUGGUUCACUGUCUGUUUGUGUGACUUAGUUUUACAGCGUUAUGGUUUCAGGAGCUCCUAGAACACCAGUCAUGUACUUUGUACCCUCGUAUUUUAUUGAGGUACUCCUGAUUAUAUUACCUAAAUUUUGUUUUCAAACAAAGCCUGCUUAAUGAACAGUCCAGGCACUUUCAUGCAUCCUGAUACGAAGGUAACAUUCCAAGAACCCAGGAACAGUGGAAGUUUUAUGGCAAAUGUAAAGUGGGAACCUCUGCUAAGUGACGCUUUUAAUUGGACUGGAUACAGAUUGAUUUACGCCGUUGGUAUGGUAUCUGAAGCUAUCCUUAAAUGCGUGGACCUUUAUAAGAACGAGACGAGUUAUUUUAUAAGCAGUGGUCUACCGAAUGACACGCGCUUGCGACUCAGUGUUGUUUCCAUACCAUUUUCCUCCAGCCACAGUAAUUUUACCUUGUCCAUAGACUGCCAUAUUCCAUGUCAUGAGAAGCCAACGAUGAGUGGCAUAUCAACCCUGAAUACAACCAUCGUCACAAGUCCAUCCGCAGGCAUUGUUGCAAGUCCAACGAAAGCUCCUCCCACGAGUCCAACGUCAGAAAGUAGCAGGCUUAAUGUUUUCCUUGCUAGUACUGUCCUCACGGUAUUUAUGUGUGUUGCGGCUGCUUUGCUGGUUUUCUUCUACUGCCAUCGACUACAAAAAAAGGCGUCGCUAAGACAUACGGGCUCUUUUACAGACAUACAAUUUGAAUAGGACGCGUUUGUCAUAAAUAGCUCCCAAGACUCAGAACUCUUAUCCCAACUCUUGAGGGAAAGCAUGAGCUGAGAUGUUGUGUGCAGUUUAGUGAUGUCCCUCUUGGAGUUCAUUUCCGUCAAAAUAUGGUUGACAGAGUUUACAAGUGUAAGAAGACAGUAGCCGUUGUGUCCACUCACUUUUUCAACAGUAACUAUUGUGGCUCAGAACUGGAUUACGCCCUUCACCGACUUAUGGAAAAGAAAGGUGAUAGCUUCGUUCUGGUCAAACUUGAUGAUGUCGAUAGAAAGAAACUCCCUAUAGAGAACUACAAAAAAAGGAGUUCUAUAGACUAUCCAAAGUCCACUGAUUUACAAACUUGGGAGAGAAAACUAGUUAAAUGCUUGAAGGCCACCAACUCUCGACCAGAAUGAAAUGUAGUUGGGAAGCUUUUACAUCCAAAGGAAUACCUGAUUAUAUGCUUUGUAAAACCACGUAGCUACUCGUUAGGCAUCUUCAUGCAUGGCACGAUCUCUAUUCGUUAUUGGUUGGAGUGAAAUUUUUUGCCGUUUUCCAAUGUGUCUCUGUAAAACGUUUUCCCGUGUAGAAUAUAACUUUGUAUCAAGCUUAUGAAGCUUUUGAAGUCUGUACCGUACUGUAUUUGUUAAGGAGAAAAGCCAGAAGGCUCAUUUUUUAAUGAUUGAUCAGUUCACUAAUUACAGAAUGAUCUUAGAUACGUACAUAGUAACAAUGUUUGUGUUUUUUCUGUUUUUUUUUGUGAUCGGACCUUUCAGGGUCACCACGCGCAUAUAAAAGGAAAGUUUAACGUCCCUUUAAACAGUUCUUCGUGAGUUUUUGAGUAGUCUUGGUAAACUUUCACGUUUCGUUUUCUCGACCCCUGGCACACGCGGAACCGGUAUGUGAGUGUCUUUGUAACUUUGUUUUUCUAGUAUAGUCUUUUCAGUGUCGGGCGACAAUAUACGAACAGAUAUUUCGUUGUGUUGCCGUAUUCUCUAUUGAUUUAAAGGCCAGAAUUGUACCAAAUGCGAGUGAACCCCCAUCAUUUAGAUGAGAACAAUGGGCUCUUUACCAGCCACCAAUAUUCUUUUAAUUUGUAUCGAAACUUUUGUUCUGUUUCAUUUGUAUUGUUAAUCUCGUUAUCGACGUUAAAGCCCAGUUUUUUACACGCGAUUCUUUGAUUAUGUAUUCCAUGGCAUUUCAUUAGAUUGGUAGAACUUCAUUGUAUUGUUGUUUCAGUUUACGAUCCAUAGAUUGAUUGAUUGUGAGAUUAAUCGUGAUUUUCAUCGUUGAUUGUGGUUUGUGGUCGAUUGCCUUUCAAGAAUGGAUUUACAAACAGUC